UAGUCCUGUUUCCUCUUUAUGCGCUAUCGCCACUAUAGCCAAACGUAACACUGCUGCACUUUACUUUCCUGCUGUGUCAACUUUUCAAACAGCUUGACAUUUUUCUAGCUCAUUCCUCACCACCAAUAUCAUCCUUUUUAAUGGGCUUGCUGUGAAACAUCUAUUCUAUAAUAAGCAUUUUCCUAAUUUUCCUCCAAAAUGCCCGAGUUCAUAUCAGUGGACGAGUUUAUCGCGGAGACUUUGGAGGACUACAGCUCUCCCACCACCUCUUCCUUCUACACCAAAAUGACAAGUUGCCGAAAUUCCGCCAACAAUAUCGAGGAGGCCUUGGACUCUGACCGCACAAUCUUGCAGAAAAUGAAGAAAGCAGCCAAAGCAAAGCACAUCUCUGGUCAAGACCACAUAUCACAUUUGGAGUCAUACAUCAAUUCCAUGGAGAAGUUGGCUGUAAAUUUCCACAACAAUGGAGAACAGGAAGUGGCCUCUGCGUUUAAUAAGUUUGCAGAAUUCUCCAAAGAACUGCUGACGCCAAUGAAGAACUUGUUGAAGAGCAUGUUGCACAACGUCAACUUCUUCCUGGACUCGCUGGUAAAAGGGGAUCUGAAAGAGGUUAAAGGUGACCUGAAAAAGCCUUUUGACAAGGCGUGGAGAGAUUAUGAGAAUAAAUUCACUAAAAUCGAGAAAGAGAAGAGGGAACUGGCGAAGCAGUAUGGUAUGGUGCGCACAGAGGUGAGCGGAGGGGAGAUUGCAGAAGAGAUGGAGAAAGAGCGGAGGAUGUUCCAGCUACAGAUGUGUGAAUACCUCAUCAAAGUAAAUGAAAUUAAGACCAAGAAAGGAGUAGACCUGCUACAGAACCUCAUCAAACACUAUCACUCUCAAUGCAAUUUUUUUCAGGAGUGUCUGGUUGCAACGGAAAAACUCAAGCAGUACAUCGAUGCCCUUAUGGGACAGCUGAGUGCUAUCAAACAUAAGCAGGAUGAUGAGAAGAGACAGCUCUGUUCUCUCAGAGAUCAGCUCAGACCUGCUCUGCAGCCCGAAUUCAAAGAGCAGUCCAGGAGAGAUUCUCUAAGCAGGCAGACUGUGUACAGUAUGCAUCAGCUUCAAGGCAACAAGCAAUACGGCACAGACAAAUCAGGCUACCUCUACAAGAGGAGUGAUGGGUUAAGGAAGAUGUGGCAGAAGAGGAAAUGUACCGUGCAGAACUGCUAUCUUACCAUCGCUCAUGGAACUCCUAAUAAAUCACCAGCUAAACUGAAUCUCCUCACCUGCCAAGUCAAACCAAGCCUGGAAGACAAGAAAUGCUUUGACCUCAUCUCACAUAAUCGCACUUACCAUUUUCUGGCUGAUGAUGAGUCUGAUUGUGUGGCGUGGAUAUCAGUGCUAACAAACAGUAAGCAGGAGGCUCUAAAUGUGGCUCUGGAUGAGAAGAGGCCAAGUGGGGAGAACAGCGUUGAGGAUCUGACCCGAGCCAUCACUGAGGAUAUUCGACGCAUGCCUGGAAACAACGUUUGCUGCGACUGUGGGGCUCCAGAUCCAUCUUGGAUCUCUAUAAACCUGGGAAUCCUGACCUGCAUAGAGUGCUCAGGGAUCCAUCGAGAAAUGGGUGUACAUUAUUCACGCAUUCAGUCGCUUUCUCUAGACAAACUAGGCACUUCAGAAUUGCUGUUGGCGAGAAACAUGGGGAAUUCAGGUUUUAAUGAAAUUGUGGAGGCCAAUCUCCCCAGUCCCUGUGUGAAGCCGUCAGCAGAGAGUGACAUGGCCAUGCGUAAGGACUUCAUACUCUCAAAGUAUAUGGAGUGGCAGUUUGCACAGCGUAGCGGCGGCUCACCAGAAACAAAACGCAAAUAUCUGCAGGACGCUGUGCGCAGUCGGGACGUCUUCAUCCUCUUACAACUGUACGCUGAGAGAAUGGACUUCAGCCUGCCACUGCCAUGCCCCCUACAGGAAAAGGGGGAAACUGCACUACACCUAGCCGUCAUUUUGUCUGACAGGACUUCACUCCAUGUGGCUGACUUCCUGUUCCACAACUGUAAUAAUCUGGAUGCUCAGACUGUGAAGGGGAACACUGCUUUGCAUUACUGCUGUCAGCACAACAAAACCGAGUGCCUUAAACUUCUUCUCAGAGCCAAGGCCAACACGCAUAUCAAGAAUGAUAAUGGAGAGACCGGACUGGACUUGGCACGCAGACUGAAGCACACGCUGUGCGAAGAGCUGAUCCACCAGUCACAGAACAACCAGUUCAACAUGCACGUGCACGUGGAAUAUGAGUGGAGACUCCGGCAAGAUGACCUUUAUGAGAGUGAUGAUGACCUUGAUGACAAGAUGGGCCCUGUGAAGAAGGAGCGCUUAGGACGGCCUUUCAGCUUGUAUCACAGUAGCUCCGUCUCUCACGGUGGGGGAGGAAGUAGCGGAGGGGGGUUGUUCAGUGUUGGUCGGAGGCUGGCAAUGGCCCGGGGAGAAAACCGGAGGGAGGUAUACGCCAGUCCCAACUCUCAGACACGCAGCCUCGACAGUCCCCCUCCGCCACCGCCUUCAUCGCCCGCACCGCCACUGCCACCUAGGGUCAGAGCUCCAAACAUCCCCCCUCCUCCCCCUCCUAUGAGCUCACCUGAUGGCUGGACGUCCCAUGAAGUGAGCAGCAGUAAGAAACGAACCCCUCCUCCCCCUCUUAUCAUCCGACACAAGCGUACAUACUCCGAGCCUGCACCUCAGGUGCCCCCCAGUCCCCACUCGACACGGCAGGGACCAACAGAUUAUGGAGUACCUACAGGUCAGAGAAGCUUCGGUGGUCCAGACUCACCUUUCCAGAAGUGUGUCUCAGGGUCUCCCAAAUACACCAUGUCCACUCUCAACUCCUUAUCUGAGCUACCAGAACGAGCAGGCUUUCGAGCAGAUGGGGAGAGCAGCUCAUCUCACUUUCUCUACCAAACCCCACAGCCCGUCAGCAGUGGAGGACGACACACCCCGGGCCUGUCCCCCACCUCCCCGCGCUCCUUCAGCCUAGAGGCUAACGGAAGCUCCUCUUCCUCCGGCCACAAUGCUCCUCACCCACUCCCCAGGAAAACUCUGAAGAAGUCGAAGCUGAAGCGUGUUAAAGCCAUGUAUGACUGUGUGGCGGAUCAUCACGAUGAGCUCACCUUCAACGAGGGUGAGGUUCUGGUGGUAAUCGGAGAGGAGGAUGCUGAUUGGUGGCACGGCUACAUCGAGGGACAGCCAGACAGAACGGGCUUAUUUCCAGCAUCGUUUGUCUCCAUGCUCGCUGAAUGAAGCCGGCCAACGGAGCUGAAAUCAUAGCACGGUCGACUCUCCUGCCAAAGCACCCUGGGAAAUGAGGGGCUUGAAGUCUACCCACAGAACCAUCGGUAAUGAAGAAUCAGCAUAACAAAGCAGCACUCACAGGCCCGUCUGCAGCGCCAAGAGAGAUGGGAUAUGUGGAACACGUUGUGCUCUGCACAAAACUUCUCAGUUUGUGCUUCUUCAGGCCUCUCAGAUUCGAGAAUAAUGCCUUCUGAUCCAUCCACAGCCUAACUGAACACACCGUACGCUCCUAAAAAUGCUCCAAAAGCACACACCGCAUGAACUGCAUGUCGUUACAUUGAACUGAACUCUCAAACAUGUCAGAUCACACAAUUGUAUGGAGAUUGUGUUGCUAUUCAAGAAAUGGAGAACAGCUUUAAAGCAACUUUGCAGCAGGGUAACUGUUAAAGUGUAAUUCAUUCAGAAAGCAAAUCAAGAAAUGAAUGAAUUACGAACAUUGCGUGUUUGGUGAAUAGCGCAAAAAUGCAUCCGGGUUAUAUUUCACUUAUGUUUUAAAGAAAAAAAAAAUUUUUUAUACCAAGAAUUUUUGCUUUUUCAACAUUUAUCCACAUUUCCCCCUAUUCCCAUUACUUUAAUAAAUACUGUAAACAGUAGUUUUUUAAUGUAAAAGCAGGGAAAAUACUACCAUAAUACAAGUAUAAAUACUUUAAAACAAUAUUUUUAGCAAAGUAAAUAGAAUUAGAUUUUUCCACAUUAUAGCAACAAUUUGGGAAGAAAAGUUCAAAAAUAUACACACUCGUUCAAAAGUUUGGGAUCAGUAGGAUUUUUAAUGUUUUUUAAAGUCUCUUAUGCUUGUCAAGGCUGUAUUUAUUUGAUCAAAAAUACAGAAAACAGUAAUAUUGUUAAAUAUUAUUGCAAUUUCUAAUAUUGGUUUCUUGUUUUAAUAUACUAAAAUAUAAUUUCUGUGACGCAGUGCUGAAUUUUCAGUAUCAUUACUCCAGUCAUUAUCACAUGAUCCUUCAGAAAUCAUUUGAAUAUGUGCUGCUUAAUUAUUAUUAUUUUUUUUUUUUGGAACCUGUGAUUCUUUUUUCAGGAUUCUUUGAUGAAUAUAAAGUUAAAAAGAACAGCAUUUACUCAAAAUAAAAUUAUUUUCUAACAAUAUAAGUCUUUGCUAUCACUUUUUAUCAAUUUAACAUCCUUAGUGAAUAAAAGAAUUCAUUUAUUUAAAAAAAAGAAAGAAUAAAAAUCGACUGAGCCCAAACUUUUGAACAGCAGUGUAGGUUGUUACAACAUAUUUCUAUUCUAAAUAAAUGCUGUUCUUUUUAACUUUAUAUUUUUUAAAGAAUCCUAAAAAAAAAGUUUCUAAAAAAAUAUUUAGCAGCACAACUUUUUCAACACUGAUAAUAAAUCAGCAUAUUUGAAUGAUUUCUGAAGGGUCACGCGACAGUGAAGACUGGAGUAAUUAUGCUGGAAAUUCAGCUUGCGUCACAGGAAUAAAUUCUGUAAUAUUAUUUUACAUCGUAAUAACAUUUCACAGUUACACACAAUGUCUUUCCUGUAUUUUGAUCACAUAAAGCUUUAAUAAGCAUAAGAAACUUCUUUAAAAACAUUAAAAAUCAUACUGAUCCCAAACUUUUGAAUGGCAAUGUAUAUAGAAGUUGUAAUAAAACGUUUGUUUUCUUUAUGCUAAACUUUUUUGGACAUGUUUGGGAACAGGGGAUUAUGAAAUCACCCAUUUUUUUUUUGUU